GUCUCCUGGUGUCAUUCCGCUUCCAUUUCCGUCGCUUGAUUGACGUCAUCAUCAGGCCAGGUCCGGAAAAGAGUUAAAAAAAUAAGAAAGAAUCCAUUUUCAGUAGUAGAUGAAUGGCAAGAUUAUGGAGGAGAAAAGUCCAUUUGCCCAGCAGCCUCUGAAAAUGGAAUAUAAAUGUGAAAUUGCAUACUCAGAAGAGGCGAGCAAUGACGAGAAAGGGAGGAAUCGCAAACUACACAGGGGUCUCCAUGUCAUGAAUACAUGGGAUAAAAAAAGUGUGGUUAUUAAGGAAGAGGACUGUGAAUGGGAAUACCUGCACCUUCAGGAAGAGAGUCCUGUCAUUAAAAAGGAGGAUUGUGGAUGGGAGGCAGAAGGUGUUAAAGAAGAGUCUGGGUCAAAUCUUGGGAAUAACGACCUGGCGAAAAAUGAAGAUGUAGAGAGUAUCAAGGAAGAAUUCAUUAAAUCAGAGUCAGUCGCUCAGGAUGUGUGUCCAGAUGAGGAGGUUACUGCAGUAGGCAUCUCGCCAUGUGGAUUCCGCUCCAUGCAGAAUCAUUCUGUUGAUGGGGACUCUGACUCUUUCAAGACUGACAUAAAUAAAACUGAAAAAGCAUCAUGGUCAAGUUCUUCUGGGGAAGAUUUACAGCUGAGUGGCUUUGUCUCUCCACCAUCAGUUAUUCAACCUUCUCUUCAGCAUAAACCACAGCAGGAACUGCAUGAUGGGAAAAAGAAGAUUCCGAACUUGGCAUCAGAGAUUUUAAUGCCAAAUCCUUUACAUGGUAGUUGUCAACCUGUUGAAAAGCCAACCAGGACUAACACAAGAAAUAUUCAUCAAGAGGUGCAAAGUUCACAUUCAGUAGCAUUAGUUGUCUGUGAAGAUUCGAGGAAAGCUUUACAAUGCAAUUCUGAAUACAAAGAUACAAACAGUUGUAUAAAAUGGAAAACACAUUGCUGCUCUGAAUGUGGUAAAAGAUUCACCACUAGUACAGACCUUCAGAAUCACUUAAGAACUCACAAAGAAGAGAAGCCAUAUUGCUGUUCUGACUGUGGCAAGCGAUUCGCUUUCAACAGCAGUCUUAAAAUACACAAAAGAAUUCACACGGGAGAGAAGCCAUAUUGCUGUUCUGACUGUGGAAAAGAGUUCUCUCACAGCCGCAGUCUUCAGUUACACACAAGAAUUCACACUGGAGAAAGGCCAUUUUGCUGUGCAGAAUGUGGGAAACAAUUUUCACAAAGGGGUCAUCUUCAGACUCACAAAAGGAUUCAUGCUGGGGAAAAGCCUUAUUGCUGUUCUGAAUGUGGAAAAGAAUUCUCAACCAGUAGCAAUUUUCAGACACACAAAAGAAUUCACACUGGAGAGAAGCCAUAUUGCUGUACUCAGUGUGUUAAGCGAUUCACCACUAGCACCGAUCUUCAGAAUCACUUAAGAAUUCACACUGGGGAGAAGCCAUACUGCUGCUCCGAAUGUGACAAACGAUUCUUCUGUAGUAGUGCUCUACAGAAACACACAAGAAUUCACACUGGAGAAAAGCCGUAUUGCUGUGCUGUAUGUGGUAAACAAUUCUCUGAGAAACGAAGGCUUCGGGUGCACACAAGAAUUCAUGAUGGAGAGAAGCCAUAUUGCUGCUUUGAAUGUGGAAAACAAUUCUUCUGUAGUAGCCAACUUCAGAGGCACACAAGAACUCAUACUGGAGAGAAACCACAUUGCUGCCUUGAAUGUGGCAAACGAUUCUCCACCAGUAGCCAUCUUCAGAGACACACGGCAAUUCACACUGGGGAAAAACCAUAUUGCUGUCUUGAUUGUGGCAAACACUUCUCCACGAGUAGUCAUCUUCGAAGGCAUGCAAGAAUUCACAAUGAGGAAAAGAAAUCCACCCUCUUUUAAUAAAUCGCACAGGACUGAUAAUUAAAUGUAAAAAUAAAAAGAGGAAUAUUCCAGGAGGGAAUCUCUAUCACCCCUCUUGUUCUGGCUGGAAUUAAACCCACAAAGCACCCUCCUUGAUAAUGUCUGUCAUGAAUUUAUCAUGCUCAAAAUCAACUCCAUCCCCAGAUAAUCACUCACCUUUCCUUUGUAGUUGACCUGAAAUGAUACAGCUCCAGAAACCAACACCUUGGAGAGCAGUUACACUUGAUAAAACAAUUAUUCAAAUGAUAUCCAAGUAACAGCCAGACUUGAUAAGUGUGAAAAUGCAAUGUUCAUGAUUUGAUAAUUAACAACCAUAGAAAAUCUCAACCACAAUCAUGACUCUGUCAUCAGAAAUUUGAACUGAGAAUCCAAGCAAUAAAGCAAAUAAUAACUCCCUGAAAUUGUAGACUGGUCACAAAAUGGUCUCCAUAAAUUGGACCAUAAAACAGUAAAACACAGCAUACACAUUAACUGAUACAUAAGAGUCAAUGCUUUACAUCCUGAGAUCUGCAAGAGGCAUGGGCCUGAUUGAAAUCGAUGCCAAAAAUAUUGGACUUCACGAUUACCUCAUGUACUCUAAAUACCAACAUGUACAGGAAGUAUUCAAGCAUAAAGCCUAAAACAACCUCCAUUAUAAAGCUUAAUCAGCUAUUUGCUAAAUGUGAAGGCAUGACAGAAGCAUACCCACAUGUGUGAAACAGUGGGAAAUAUGCAGCCCUCUUGCUCCAUCCUAUAUAGCUCAAGAACUUAUUCAUGGAUGGCUUACAAGGGGUGAACCAACACCAAGAGAUGAGCACCUAAUUAUGCCUGCACAGGGUAGAGGUCUGCACACAAAUGUGGUUUAAGGCAUCCAGAGGACAAAGGCAAAACAGAGUAGUCUUGAUUUUGUCAGGCAGAUAUAGUAACAGUCACGCAUGUGGUUGAUGGUUAUGAGGUCUUGAUGCCUGAAGUUUAUAUUUCCAGAGACACAACAAAGCUGCCAGAUUCAUACACUGGAAUACAUGCAAAUAAUACAACCUAAAAGCUCAAGAGAUACACUGGAGCCACAUGCCAGACUUCAUAACAGAAAAUGAGGAGGUGUAAGUCAUUUGGGGCACACCAAACACAAUGGACAGAAAACCGUUAUUAAACAACAACAAUUAAAUAGCUGGACAAAGUGUGGAUAAUAGAUUUUUCUUAUCAAAGUGGCUAUUUCAAUAUGAGAGUGAAAUGAAGUACAGUCAGAGCUAUGCAGCAUGUGGAGCAAAACCAUUAAAACUGUGUUAGUGGUGUUGGGAUUCACAAGAAUAAUGUGAAGAAAGGACCAUAUUAACAUCAUGCCAGUUACGAUCAUCCGC